CCCUAACUUCCUCAAAAACAAAAACACAGAGCGAUCAGCUGACAGUGAGUGCAGCAGUAGAAGUUCAGAUAUACAGUAGUACAUUUUAGAUUUUGACAUGUUGAUUUGUCUCUUAAUGUCUGUAUAACCACAGCGAGAGAAAACUGAGGAAAGUUAACAGGAAGUGGCAUCUGGAAGUGCUCAGAAGUGAGUGGAAGAAGACGUCUCCCAGCAACAACAAAAAAGUGAAAUAUGGGCAGUGAGUACCAACCACUGACUUCAGCAGAGUCAUGCAGAAGGUUAUUCAUAGAGACGUCAGAGUGCUUUAUAUGCAGGGAUGUUGAACUUCAAGCCAGUGACCCACUGAGGAAUUUCUGUAACUGCAAGAAUUUACUUGCCCAUCACGUGUGCCUGUCCACGUGGAUCCAGAAGGGAUUUGGGAGUGAAGACAGGCUGCGCUGCAUUAUCUGCAAAGCCAAGUACCAGCUCCAGAGGAGUUCUCCAUGGCGGUCGCUGAGCUUCCAGUGGCAAACGUGGCUCGUGCUGAUCGCUGCGUGUGUUCUGCUGGCUCUGGUACCUUAUGUUGUUUACUGCAUGAUGACCACCUUCACCAAUCCUCCUCCUCCCAACACCUUUAAAGUGGCAGCAGCCUCUUUUGGUCUGCUGACAGAGAUCCUCCUAAUCAAGUGUCUGUCCAGCUACAUCUGCAGUCGUUACCGGCAGGCUGAGCAGAGCUCCUUCACAGUCCGGCCCAGAGGCUUCGACGAGGACAGAACGAGUCCGGGCCGCUGGGAUCGGUCUGCGGCCCCGGCGGCGGCAGGCCACCCUUUUAUCGACGGCCUCACUCAGUCAAGUGGACCAUAGGAAAGUGGAUAUGUUGAAGAGUGAAUGUCUCAGCUUUUUCUGAACCACUAACAGAAUGAGUUUACAGAAUACAGGGUCAUAGUAAAUCCUAUGGGUAUUAGCCAUUCAAGAUAUCGCAGCAGUUUAUCAGCGUGGCAUUAAUGAGAUCUUACACUUUAAACCCUGUUUCCGAGGUGUCAAAUAUUCUGGUGUCAAACCCUUACACUCUUUAUUCAGUGGGUAUAUUCUCACAUAUUGCAAAUUGAUCAUAAGGAAGCUAAUGCACGCAGCUUGCAUGUUCAGGAGAGAAAAAAAAGCCUGGAAUCACUCUCUUUCCUUAAUGAUGUCCACACAGAGACAAUGGGGCGCCGCUCUGAUUAGUGUCACCUGUCCUUGUGCAUCUCAUCAGCUCCAUUAUGGCUCCAUCUCCCAUGCUUCUUCUGCUAAUUGAAUAGCCUGUGAAGUGGUGACGAAGACGGGGGCGAGAGCAACGUCUGUUCCGCUGCUGCUUCAGAAAUGAGAGUGAAGCUUCCCAGUGAGACACCACUGUGGUUCUUAAAACAUAAAACCAUUAUCAUACAGAUGGAAAAAGUGCUAACAAGUAGCCCUCAUGUUAUAUUACCUUCAUAUCGUCUACGGAUUGUGUUAUAUAUAACAGCUUUCAAUUAGCUAUAACUAUCUAUAUAUAACUAUAUCUGUCUGUUAAAUAUACUAUUACAGCCAGGCUACAGCCAGCAGCUGGUUAGCUUAGCUUAGCUUAGCUGAGCACAAAGACUGGAAACAGGGGAAAAACUAACCUGCCUCGGUCAAAUGGUAACAGAAUCCACCUCAGCACCAUCACUAAUUAACUUGUUCUAACUUCUUUGUACAAAACAAACUAAAACAUUAAAAAAGGCAAUUCACUGUUUUCCGGGGGGGGGGGGUGUGCUGGACAUUCCCAAAAUGUCAAAAUAUUCUUCUAAAAUUUGUUGUAAGGAUAAGGCUGGCAUUAUUCUAUAUUUUCCUUUUUGUCAACAAAUUCCAUUAAAGAUGAUGAUGUUAGAUUUAUUCGGUGGGGACAAUUCUGCCCACAUUGUUUUAUGUGGAUCAACGUAUAUUCACCUGCAGUGACUGGCUUUUUGCAGUGUUGACAGGGAAUUCUCUGAGAAAAGGAGACAACUAAGAGCAAAAUAAGAUUGAAGUUAAACAGGUAGUACGAGACAAGCAUGAGUAGGCUUAAAUUCACUAAUGGGGGUGGCCUGAAAGAAGGAACAGUCAGUCCUUUUCUAAUGAGCUAAAUGUUUAUUACAGUAGUUAUGACUGUGUGGUGCCGGUGUGUGACUGAGUGAAGCCAAAAAAAGGCCACUGGCCCAGACGGACUACAGGCACAUGUCCUUAAAGACGAGUCUUUACCAUGUCCUUCCAGUACUAUUCCAGUACUUGUUAAACACAUGCACAGUGCAAAACUAUCAAUCAUUAAGUCUGUUCCCAAAAAUGCGUGUAUGGUGAAUGACCAUACACGCCAUCAGUUCCUUGCUUUGUACAACCAUGGAGAGAGUAUUAGCUAGUCAUCUAACUUUCUCUGUGGUAUAGAUGAUGCACUGCUAUGUUAAAUAUCACUACGCAAUAUGUUUUAUUUGAUUUUGUUCAGCUUUUUAACUCUGAACUAUGAAAACACGUCUUUUUACAAAGACUCACUGAUCUUGGGGUCAAUAGUGACUUCUUUCUGACGGACCACGGAGAGUCUCCGUCGGUGGAACAAUGUCUGACUCACUAACUGUUGGUACAGGUGCUCCUGAAGGAUGUGUUCUUUCUCCUGUACUGUUCUCCCUGUAGAAAAAUGAAUUGAAGAUGACAUAGCUUUAAUUAGGGCCCGACCCCAAACGUGCCGGAGAACCAUGAAAUUUGGUGGGAGCAUUGCUCCCAUCUUUAGAAACAUUGAAAAAAAUAUUUUUUCCCCUCCUAACAGGAAGUCAGCCAUGUUGGAUUUUGUGCGUUGAUUUUCAUUUCAUGAACACAUGUUUGAGGACUUUAGGAUUCACAAAAACUCACCCAUGUUCAAUCUCUGGGCCAGUCUGGUGUACAAUAGGGGUUUCACAGAAUCGUCGACAAUUUGAAUAUUCGACCAUCAAAACUACUAAUCGAUGCGGUGCAUUAUUGUCGAAUAUUCGUUCAUCUCUGGUUUUAACAUGGUGCAGUAAGGAAGUAGUGGCAAGUAAUGCCAGAUACAUGUAAUUACAUCAGAUAUGCAGAAGGGGCGGUGUGGGUUAACAAGUCAUAGUUGGUGCAAGGCGGUAAAUUUGUGUAAAACUCUCACGAAAGUUCAUGCGAGAGUUCAACUAAGUGUUUCUAUUGGCAGCAGCCUUGCAGUGACUGUUAAAUCGUUGCUCGAACAUCAGUGGAUAACAACAAAUUAUGUGAAAGCAUCCAUCUUGUGUAUAAAUAUGAAGUUGUCACUUAUAUGGCGAUAGCAAUCUGCUUUCCAACGCUGUGACAAACGUGUGUGAAUGAAGCAUUAAGUUGUUAACUUUUACUCAUUUAGCAGCUGGCUAGUUAGCUAGCUGGCUGGCUAAUUCCACCAUGCUUUGAUGCUACACUGGUUACAGAAAAUAAGCCAAACAGCAGGCUGGUGGCCAGUGUCAGCGCUGGAUCUAACGGUCUCUCCAGCGCUACAAGACUACUUCAACAGGAGGAGAUCAGAGAUACCUUCUGCUCUUCUCCCGGGGAAGUAGUCCGCCAGCAGCGGGGGCCACCACGGGGUGUGCCAGCCAGCUAAUUCUUGUCUAAUUUGUGGUCUCCUUAAUGGUAAAUCGCUCUGAUUACAAUGAGAACGUGGCAUCAUAUUUACACAAGACGGAUCCUUACAACCCAGUAGACAAUUUUUUUAACGCUAUCCAGGAGUGCAAAAUGAGGAUAAUAAAUGGCAACUGUAGCGACUGUGAGUACUGUUACACAUAGAUGUUGUAUAUUUUCUAUUUAUUCGCUUUCAUUAAGGUGUUUCAUUGUGGUGAGUAGGCUAUGCUUUGAAUUUCUGUUUGCACUGUUUGAAGCCUAUUUACUGUUUACACUUGCUAUUUGAGGAAAAUGUGUUAAUAAUCUUUGUCAGCUCAUUCCUCUGUGUCAGCCACUAUUGAUGUUUUUCAUUUUCAAUAACGAAUAUCAUUCAUAAACUUCA